UAUACGUGUUUUUUGGGGGGUUCUCAGCCACGCCGAGUCAUGACUCUUACCGUCAGGAGGUUGACGUUAGCCAUGAGUUGAGCUCAGCUAGCACCAACUUGACCGUUUAAUUCAACGUGUCAGCUCAUUAUUUAUUUGCUUCACAAAAUGUUUAAAACGAGGCCCCGUUGUAAGGAAGACACGCCUUUAAAGGUGCCUCAGAGACGGCGACGUGCUAGGGCAUGUCUGCCAUUUAAAAUUUACGAAAAAAUACCAGAACACGAGCCUGAAGGCAGCACCAGUGAAGGAAGUGGAAACGUACGGACCAGCAGUAGCCCUUUGCAAUGCGAAUCCCACUUUCAGCCAACCUCCACCAACAACGUCUGCCCUAUUUCGCCUUCAUCAGCAGCAGCUGAGAGGGUUGACCAUUUCGCUUCGGGUUGUGCCGGCUGUCAGGUGAGUCCUUCCCCAUGUCAAACUAGGCAGACAACGACAUCAGUUGAGACCUCAAAGGACUCCUCAGACGACAGCGACAUCUGGGACUCCUCAACCUCCAGCAAUAUUCUUUCCCCAGAGACCUUCAGACAUGACAGUUAUACCAGUUCGUUUGAUUUCUUCACCGAGGAAGCCGCCAUCCCCGUGCUGUUGGGCAUCCGGCACUCCCAGGUGAAGAACUCUACCUUGCUGGGCAGCAGCCACGCAGCGAGUAUCCACAAUUACCAGGCUCCCAAUGUCUCGACUGUCCUCGACGCCACCUCCAUUUUGGUCAACACAAAUGACCAGAUAAGUGACCAUGGAUCAACUACACAUGCUCCUCAAAUUCAUUCUGUGAUCCGCUCUGCAGACGAAUGCUUGAAUGGGAAGUCACGGAAAUCUCCCGUCCCCAGGAAGCUCGUUUCGUACAGGAAGGUGCUGCGCUUCAAAACUCCUCUGGUUACCGUGCAGAAGAUUACACCGAUGCCGUGUGAGAAGGAGGAUUCCAAAAGGGACGACGAGGUCAUGUUUUUCCGCUUUAAUUCCUCCUCCAACAGGAAGGAGUUCUUUCAGCAAGUCCGAGAACGGCAUGCGAGACUCACAGGUCUAUUCGUACAACCAUCCGUGCCGUGAUGCCAAAUAUCUCGUUGCACUCGGAUUGGCCCAUUUCGAAAGGCAGCGGUUGGUGGGUGUAAAAAAAAAUACAAAAAAAAA